AUGGCUGAUAUGCGAAAUUCUCCUCGAGAGGUUGCUUCGUAUCUGAGAAAGGUACGCAAGCCUCUAGUUGAGCGUCAACGCCGCGAGAGGAUGAACGCGAGUAUUGACCGCCUCAAGCUCCUUAUCGCGGACACCAUCCGAGAACAGGUGUCAUCAAUGACGCGUGUGGACAAGGCGGACAUUUUGGAGCUCACCGUCUUCCAUCUGACACGUCUACAGCAGCGGCAGCGGGCCAAUCGCGUAGCCAACGACCAAACAGAUGACGUUUCCUCCGCAACCUCCCACCUGACAGGCUACAGGGAUUGCGCACGGGAGGCUGUCACCUACCUGUCUGCGGGCAGUAAUUGUAGCCCGGAAGUGGCGACCAGCGUCACUGCACAUUUAAGGAGCGCCUAUGUGGAGAAGCUGAAUAGCAACAAGGCUGCUGAAGAACGUCUUCAAGAAGUUGACUAUCGGACUCCCAGGAUCGAGAAUCGGGUGCCCUUCACCUAUAGUCAUGCACGCCAGAACCCACAGGCCGUUUUCAUGUCAACGCCGAGAAUAUCAAACGAAGUUCUGAGUGUAUUGACGAGUCAAAUUCCAACAACCUCUUCGAGAACUCUAGAAUGUUCGCCGAUCUUGCGGAUGACGAAAGGCCAUGAUGACAUCAUCAUUCAUAAUUCCAGUACCUCCAGUUUGAGUUUCCUGAACAGUGAUUCAGGAUUUGAUAGUUUUGACGUUUCCACUGACAUUCAAUCUUUGGGGUCAGAUCGCUGUGUUUCAUUUGACCGAAGUGAUGACGACGAAGUUGGUCAAGUGACCAAAGACAAUGGCGCUUCCUCCGCAACCUCACACCAGAUCGGCUACCGGGAUUGCGCACGGGAGGGAGUCACCUACCUGUCUGCGAACAGUUAUUGUAGUCCGGAAGUGGCGACCAGCGUCAGUGCACAUUUGAGGAGCGCCUAUAUGCAGAAGAUAAAUAGCAACAAGGCUGCUGAAGAACGCCUUUAA